AUGGAGGCGGCCGCCGUCGCUUCCUCCGGCUGCGGGCUGCGCUGCUCGCUUUACCCCGUCCCGAACCAGCAUAGGAGAGGCGCUCGCCUGGGCUUAGCGGCCAAGAGGCAGCAGCGCUGCGCCGUCGCUUGCGGGCGGUUGCUGCUCCGUCCGAACGCUCGCGUAUACACGGCGGCAUCGGCGUCGGCGUCGGCGGUGAUAGAUAGCGGCGCCGGGGACUCCGGGGUGAGGAGGAAGAGGCUCGCGGUGUUCGUGUCCGGUGGGGGCUCCAACUUCCGGUCGAUCCACGAGGCCGCCCUGGGUGGGAAGGUGAACGGGGAUGUGGUUGCGCUCGUCACCGAUAAGCCAGGCUGCGGUGGCGCCGAGUACGCAAUGUGCAAUGGCAUUCCCGUGGUCGUGUUUACGAAGUCGAAAUCGGCACCGGAGGGGGUCUCCACAGAUGAACUUCUGAAUGUUCUGAGGGAUCUGAAGGUAGACUUCAUUCUACUUGCUGGUUACUUGAAGCUCAUACCUGGUGAGCUAGUUAAGGCAUUUCCCAGAUCCAUGCUGAAUAUACAUCCUUCACUGCUCCCGGCAUUUGGAGGCAAGGGUUAUUAUGGUUUAAAAGUGCAUAAAGCAGUCAUUGCAUCUGGAGCCAGAUACUCAGGACCAACUGUGCACUUUGUGGAUGAGCAGUUUGACACAGGGAAGACCUUAGCCCAAAGAGUUGUGCCUGUGUUAGCCAAUGAUACUCCAGAGCAAUUGGCUGCAAGGGUUCUUCACGAGGAGCACCAAGUUUACGUUGAGGCAGUUGCUGCCUUGUGUGAGGAUCGAAUUGUUUGGCGAGACGAUGGUGUCCCACUUAUCAGAAGUCAGACAAACCCCAAUGCGUAUACCUAA